UGACGGAACCGAACGAAAAAGAAGUAAAUAAAUACAGCCGAAAAAGUAAAACCCUAAUCCACCUCCUCCUCUUCCUUCUCCUUCUUCUCCUUCUUCUUCUUCUUCACCGCCUCUUUCCCAACAGUAGCCACUCUAGCCUCCUUCGCCUGCGACUCCUCGGAUUCCUCCCCAGCAGCUGGAUAGACCCACGGAGCGAAAACCUUGCCCCACCCUUCGUAAAUCGUACUGAGCGGAAACGAGGGUCGGUCCCAGAUCCCGCGCCCGAGCUCUGCUCUGUUUCCUUCCGUGUCCUCCCCCCCGCCCCUCAAUGCCCUCCGCCAUGGGAGUCAACGACUGCGGGAGGCCCUACAAGCGCCUCAAGAGGAGGGUCACCGCCGACCUCUCCGACUUCCUCUCCUUCGGCUGCUCCGGCGGCGGCGGCGGCGGCGGAGGGGAGGUCUGCGGCGGGCCCUUCCGGACGAGGGUCGCCGAGUUCCUGGGCGGCCGCGCCCGCGCCACCUUGCCGCCGUCCCCCUUCUCGUCGCUGGCCGCGUGGAGGGUGCUCUUCCGCGUCGGCGACCUGGACUCGUCCAAGGUGGUGGUCCCUCUGGACGUCGUGGAGGAGGACGUCACGAGGUCCAGAUCCGUGUACUGUGACCAGUGCCGCGUCGUUGGGUGGAGCGGGCAUCCGGUGUGUAGGAAGCGAUACCAUUUCAUUGUAAGGAGGUCCAACGAGACCAGUCUCUCCCAAGGCAAAUGCCGCAAGUGUUGCUCCAGAUGCGGCAACACCUACCUCUUGUCCGAUUCCAGGUGCAAAUGGUGCGACUGCGUGAUAACGUCGGAGGAUGUGGAGGAGUGGGUGUACUCGCAGCUGGAGAGCAACACCCAUCUCUUGCACGGGGUCAUUCACUCCAACGGCUUUGGUCACUUGCUCUCCCUUAACGGCCGGGAGGGCGGCUCAGCCGUCCUCUCUGGGCGCGACAUCAUGAACUUCUGGGACGGCCUCUGCACCACUCUGUCCGUCAGGAAGGUCAGCGUGAUGGAUGUGUCGAAGAAAUAUGGGAUGGAGUGUCGAUUGCUGCAUUCGAUCGCUCAUGGCCACUCUUGGUAUGGCAACUGGGGCUAUGAGUUCAGUGCAGGUAGCUAUGCACUGACGCUUGACGCGUACAAGAGAGCCAUCGGCUCGCUAUCUAGCAUGCCCCUGUCGCCCCUUCUAUUCCACAGCCGGAAGCCUCGGACUUCCUUGCAGAGAGUCAUUGCUUUCUACCUAGCCAUAGCCGAGACCGAACUCCUAACGCUACAAGACCUCUUCGCCCUCAUGUUGGGUCUAAUCUGUGAACAAGGAGGGGUUUCUAAGGAAUCGCCCAAGAAGAAACCUCGAACUUCGAAGGUGUUAUGUGCUUGGUCUCUUGACGAAGUCGAACGUGUGGAGCAGGCUAUGGUGAGAGUCUUGUUAGCCGCGGUUGGUGAGGCUGGCUGGGUGAAAAGGUCUGCUCUUAAGGGUGCCUUGUAUAAGUCUGCUUCUCCGGAGCUUCUUGAUUAUUGCCUCAAACACUUAGGAGGGAAAUCAACGGCCAAUGGGAUGGUCGUCCAGACCCGUUGCAACAGCACAGCGAGUGCUGUUGAAUUCAGGCUCGAGACUCCGAGUCUUGGAUACGACGGAUCUCGCUUCCAACUUAGCCACCCAUCGAGAGAGCAUGUGAUUCGCGACCUUAAGUUCCUGUACAGUUCUUUAAUUUUUCCAGAAACAAUGGUAAAUUAUAGACCUCAGGCAACAAGAGAGCGUGUGCGUGAUUCGGCAGCAAAGCUUCUGGAUUGCAAACAAUUUAUGAAGGAUUACUCAUGCUAUGAAAAGACGGUUAAAUCCCCGCUUAACAUUCACCUUUGGUGUCAUGUGGAGCUCUCAGACCAUUCUAAGGAUGAAUUGCACCUCCCUCGGGAACUAAUUGUGUUGCCCUUGAAUGCAACUGUGGCUGACCUUAAAGCCGAAGUCACAAAGACAUUCCAAGAUGUGUAUGCAAUGUUUAAGUGGUUUCAAGCGGUGGGUUUCCCGGAAUAUGGCCUCAUCGAAAAUUCUCUCUCUGUUAAGCUUUUGACUGGUUUAAAUGGGUCUGUUCGGGUUCAUGGUAAAUGCCUCUCGAUGCAUGGGCUCAACCGUUUUCGGAUGGAGAGGGGGAUAGAGAACUGGACAGUGGAUUGUGUCUGCGGCGCCAAGGAUGAUGAUGGGGAGAGGAUGUUGGCUUGCGACACGUGCGGGGUUUGGCAGCAUACCAGGUGUGCUGGAAUUGACAAUUCAGACUCUGUCCCUUCGAAAUAUGUUUGCACGACGUGUUUGGACUCGUCCAUUCAAGCAAGGAAGGCAUCAGGUUAUGGUGGUAACACCACCAAUAUGGAUUUUUCUAUUUUGGGCGCAACUUGCAGGGUUCAAGCAAUGCUAACUGAUGAUCACAAAGUUGGAAGCAAUGUAAAUAUGUCGUAUGGUGUACCCUGAGUGUAGAUGUCAUGUUGUAUAUUUAAGCGGACAUGCAGUUUUGCCACCCUGAAUCAGCAAUAUGAGCUGCUGUGAUGAAUGGCCUCAUGAUCGGACAUUUUUGUAAAGAAUGAAACAGAUGUAAAGAGAGUACUUAGCAAGCAAUGUUUUAUCCUGUGAGUUGCGGACAGAUUAUGCUUGUCAACAAAA